ACUGUAGCUCCACAUUGACGUGAUUGGUUGAUGGUAGGUGGGGGGGCAGUACAUCUUGUAUAAACACAAACUCGCUUCCGUCACAAAAAACAUGGAGAACUUUGACGAAAGGCUAUCAGAACAAGUUCACAAAUAAAAUACAUCUUUAUGUAGGGAUUUCAAAGACACAAAAAUGUGUUUGAACUCCUGGAAAGAGAUCGGGGAGGUAAUGGGGAUAGAUGCGGUAAAGAGGUCAAUGGAAUAAAGAGGUCAACGGAAUAAAGAGGUAAAUGGAAUGUAGACUGUGGGGGAUAGGAGGACACUGGAUUGGCGCACAUUCAACAAAUCUGAUCUAACAAAGUGGAUAUUUGUCAAAUCCGUCAUGAGUGAUGUACUGUAACAGGCCCACAAUGUGGUUACUAAAAUCCGAUUUGGAUAUAUUUGGCUGUUUUCGCUGCAUAACAUUUAGAAGUUGUCCCUUUUCAGGUUUAGAAAAAAUGACUGCUAAACGCUAACUCCCAUUUGCAUAAGCUGGUUAGCAUAGCUAGCAUACAGAAAUUGGUGGUGGUAGUCAAAGUCAUUUUUAACUGUAAUGCAGUUGAUUGAUGACAUGAACAUGUAUUGGGGUUGACAUCCAUACAAACAUAUAGUGAGAAAUACACAUAUAAAUAAUAACCUAAAUGUGGGCUGAUUUUGCUAAGGGGAAAUGGGGAGGUGCAGGUGGGAAAACGGUACAGCCUUUUUACUUCAUGCUAUUUUGGCUGAGCUCCUAUGUCAAGCAUCGGGAAAUGGACUCCAACAUCUCAGAAGAGCCUUUAACCUGUGCCAGAACCGUGAAAUCUGAUGGUCCAAAAUGCCUCAUAAACUCCUCAAGUUACUCCUGGGAAGUUACCAGUGGCUGGCCAGUUACUGGCCCAUCCUUAUGCCAAGGGGAAUCCGCCUAUACACAUUUGAACAGAUCCCGUUAUUCAUGAAAGAAAACCCAUACAUUACAGAUGGAUACAGAGCCCGUUUAAAAUCCAAACUCUGUUUAAAAAGCAUAUUUGUGCUGUCCAAUGAGACAGUCAACAUAUGGACUCAUCUGUUGGGCUUCCUCCUGUUCUUCCUGCUGGGGGUGAAUGACAUGUCUAUUGUCCUGCCAGCUUCAGGUGCCAACAGAGAAGACUAUGUCAUCUACUGCAUAGCACUCUUCUGCUUUCAGGUGUGUAUGCUGUGUUCUGCAGGGUAUCACAUGUUCUCCUGCCACCUCUCAGAGAAGACGUGUCACCGCUGGUUGGCGCUGGACUUCGUUGGAAUCUCUGUGGGAAUCCUGGGCUGUUACAUUCCAGGGGUCUUCUAUGCCUUCUACUGCAUCACUUUCUGGAGACAGGUGUACCUGGUGACUGCUCUAGCGUUGAUAUUGGCUGUGUUCUUAGCUCAGAUCCACCCUCACUACCACUCUAAGGAGUGGCGACACCAGCGUACUGCCAUCUUCUGCUCUGUGGCUGGCUACGGGAUCAUCCCCGCCGGCCACUGGGUCUGGCUCAAUGAAGGCCUCGGCUCAGCUGUCGUCCAGUUGUUCCUCCCUCGUGUGAUUGUGAUGUAUUUGAUAGCUGGAGCUGCCUUCCUCUUUUACAUCUCUAAAAUCCCAGAACGCUGCUUCCCAGGUCAGCUGAACUAUCUGGGUGCCAGCCACCAGGUGUGGCAUGUCCUUGUGGUGUUCUUACUCUACUGGUGGCACCAGACUGCAGUAUAUAUCAUGAAAUUCAGACACAGCCAGCCCUGCCCUCCUCUCUACACCCAGCCUGGUCUGAUAGACUAGACGUAACAUAGUAAAUCUGGGACACUCAAAUUAGUAUAUGUUAUGUUUGGUAUGUGUGAUUGGUCG